AUUCACGUACGCAUUACGCAUUUCUUUAGCCCGGUGGCCGCCUUUCGUUGCCACGCUACGCAUUUGUCAUUAGAGCUCUACCUCCUGGCAGCAGGUGAGGUCAAAUGCAGAGGAGAGGAGCGGAAGCGCUUAGCCGACAGGUGGAGAACGCGUCUAGCCUUUAGCUUAAACCGUAACAAAUGGAGGAUAACAAAACGGCGCUGGUCGACAGCCUAAUAAUAUGGCUGCAGACCUUUAACACCCCCGCACCCUGCAGAACGGUGGAGGACCUGACCACCGGAGCAGCAAUAUCCCAGGCGCUGCAUCAGAUAGACCCAGCGUGGUUCAAUGAUGGUUGGCUCAGUCGUAUCAAAUCGGAUGUUGAGGACAAUUGGAGACUAAAGAUGAACAACCUGAAGAAAAUCGUUCAGAUGAUGGUUGACUAUUAUAAUGAGGUCUUAGCCCAGGAGAUCUCAGACUUCGUCUUGCCAGAUCUCCCCAAGGUGGCAGAGCAUUCAGAUCCUGUGGAGAUGGGGCGGCUGCUCCAGCUCGUGCUGGGCUGUGCUGUCAGGUGUGAGCGUAAACAAGAAUACAUUCAGAUCAUCAUGACCUUGGAGGAGUCAGUGCAGCAUGUUGUCAUGACAGCAAUCCAGGAGCUCAUGCGUAAAGAAGCUGUGUCCCCGCUGUCAGGGGACUUGGAGCAGCAGCUAAAAAAAGCCCUGGAAGACCUCACUGAACUUGUGGCUGUGAAGGAAGCACUAGCUCAACGCUGCGAAGAGCUAGACAUACAGGUGACGGCGCUUCAAGAGGAACGCAACAGCUUGCUAGCUGAGAACGAUGUCCUAACUGACCGGGCCAACCAGCUCGACACAUUCGACGACCCCAGCACACCCUCAGGAAGAAAACACAGCCAGUUACAGCAGCAGCUGGAGAACCUGCAGGAGGAAAUCUUCAGGCUGGAGGCAGCUAAAGAUGACUACCGCAUCCACUGUGAGGAGCUGGAGAAGCAGCUGAUCGAGGUUCAGCACCGCAAUGAUGAGCUCACCAGCCUGGCAGAAGAAUCUCGAGCUCUUAAAGAUGAACUGGAUGUCCUCAGGAACUGCUCAGAUCGGGUGGUGAUACUGGAGGCCUCGGUGGAAACGUACAAGCGUAAGCUGGAGAGUCUGGGCGACUUGAAGAGGCAGAUGAAGCUGUUGGAGGAGAACAACAUGACAUACAUGCAAAACACUGUCAGCUUGGAGGAGGAGCUGCGCAAAGCUAAUGCUGCCCGCACACAGCUUGAGACGUACAAGAGACAGGUCCAGGAGCUGCAUAGAAAGCUGUCAGAGGAGACGAGGCGUGCAGACAACCUGGCCUUUGAGAUGAAGAAGUUGGAGGAGAAGCACGACACUGUGAUAAAGGAGAAGGAGAGGAUCAUCAUUGAGAGAGACUCUCUGAAGGAGAUCAAUGAGGAGCUACGAUGCACUCAGGCUCAGCAGCACCAACUCUCCCAAGCAGGAGUGCUUUCUUCUGGGAGCCCCAGCCACGACAACCUAGCAGCUGAAUUAAUACCCAUCGAGUACAGAGAAAAGUUCAUCAGGCUGCAGCAUGAGAACAAGAUGCUGAGGGUGCAGCAGGAGGAAUAUGAAAGAGACAAAAUCGCUGCUCUGCAGGCUCAGCUUGGGGAGGCACAUAAGAAACAAAGCGAACUGGACACUGAGAACAGAUUGAAUCGAGAGCGGGUCAGCGAGCUGCAACAGCAGGUUGAGGAUCUCCAGAAGGCUCUGCAGAGCCAGGCAGCCAAACCUGAUGAUUCAAACCUCAAGCGGAAACUUGAUGCACAUAUGGUUCAACUGAAUGAGGCUCAGGAUGAAAUCAUGAAGAAGAAAGAGCUGCUGGAAGGCCUUCAGACUGACAACAAAGCGCAGAACAACUCCUUGAAGGUGGAGGAGCUCAUGGCCGCUCUGAAGAAAAAAGAUGACGACAUGAGGGCCAUGGAAGAGAGGUACAAAAUGUACCUGGAGAAAGCUCGCAAUGUGAUCCGAGCGCUGGACCCUAAGUUGAAUCCAGCUACUGCUGAAAUCCAGGCUCUGAAGAGCCAGGUGGCAGACAGGGACAAGCAGAUUUGCAGCCUGGAACGUCAGUGUGAGCAGGCCAGACUGAGAGAGUAUGAGGAGAAGCUGAUCGUCACCGCAUGGUAUAACAAGAGCGUGAACUUUCAGAAGCUGGCCAUGGAAUCGCGCCUCACUGGCCUCACUGGCCGCACCUCCUCCGUGCUGCCCCAGGGUCAGUCCUUCUUAUCCCAGCAGCGCCAGGUCUCCAACGCCCCGCGCCGCGCAUUUUCCAUCAGCUCGCCUUCCACUACCUCCAAAUAGGCCACAGCCAAAUUAAGUUUGGGGGGAAAUCCCACAGGUAAACACUCAAGUGACCUUAAACAUAUUCUGUCACAGAUGAACUGAAUUGACGACUGUGAGCACUUACCCAAUCAAACUCAACCCAACUGAGUUUUUAGCAUCCUCUUCGUUUCACUAGUUAAGAUGCUGUCUCAAGUGAGCUCAGCAUAUUUCCAUUGUGCCCUGUGUGUUGCUGACUGCAGCCUCAGCACCGUAACUGCUCCAACUUUCCUUCUCUUCUGUCCUAUUAUGUUCAUGAUCAGGGACUAAAGAGAUGUAAAUAAAUGCUAAACGCAUCUUUAUUCAAACCUCUAGCCCGUAAUGUGUACGAAUGUCCUUUUUACUGGACCCGGCAUGGCUUACUGGACCCCUCAGGCCAACGAAAUGUUACUAAGACCACUGAUGUAUGUGCAACUGGACUGUCUUACUAUGCAGUGAAAGGGUUUGCCUUUGAGGUAAUGCUGCAUUUGGUGCUGGUCGCCAACUGCAUCUAGGCAUCAACAGCAACAGUUUUAGCAAACAGAUUAAGCUCAUGUGAAGGUGUGGGAAAAUUCAUACAAUAUAUAUUUAACCUCUGAGAUGCUGUGAGGACACAUUUUACACCAGAAAUCCAGGGUUAUUGAUCAGAUGUUUGUUUUUUUAACUUUACUCUACUUGCGGCAUGAUCUCAAAAAACAAAAAAAAAAGAUAUUUAUAUUUAAUAUCCUAAAUCUUGCAAUUCAAUAAAUAAUGAAGAUGAUAAUCUUUGACGUUAUACAGCUAUAAUGAGAUUUUAACACCAGCUUUUAUUCAGUUGUCAGGACCAGGUAUCCAUAUACGUGCAGUACAUUCAAUUUGUAACUUGAGAAUUUUAAUUAUGGCAGUUUUCUUGUAGUUGACUGAUUAAUGAUUUGAUGCUGUGUAGGAGACAUCCAGAGGAGACGAUGCUAUAAAGACCUAGAGAAUGUUGUAGAAAAGCAGCUGUUCUGAUCUGAAAGUGCACUGUCCCAACAUCAGUUGUUCAUUGCCUUGUUUGCAAAAACACUAAGGAGACAUGUGUUACAGUGGGUUUGCUUUUUGUGAUCUAUAGUAAGUGCUUUUUAUUUCCUCUGCGUUUGAUGCUUAUUGUAGAUUGUUAAUUCAAAUGCACAGAGAUUUUAAUAACAAGAAAUAUGAUGAAACCGUGUAGAAUCAUGUUUGUGUGUAAAUAGAGAGGGACGACGAGGGCAUUAGACAUUUUCAGGAAAUCAGAGUUAAACAUUAAAAUGUUUUGAUUUAUUUGCGAAUAAAUAAAUAUUGUUUCUAAUAA